GGGCGGGGCAGGGGGGGCCGGGGUCCUGGAGAGGGCGCGAAGCCCAGGCGGGACCCGACCAGACAGGACCUGAUUGCUGAUUGAAGAUGGAAAAACCCCAAGAGAGUUUCUCAACCAACGAUGGCCGUAUAAGUGAUAUAGUGACGGAAAAGUACGUGGUUGAAUCCAAGGAGUCUGCCUCUCACGUUCAGCUUGCCUGCGGCGUGCGGUACUGCGCUUUCCCUCUACAUGGAAAUGGCCUUUGCAUACGGAGCACGGAGAGCCCUUCUCAUCAGUUUCUAAUCCUACAAGGACACCAUCAGCCGAUUACUGCCAUGGCUUUUGGAAAUACAGCGGCCACACCUAUAUUGUGCUCUGCGUCGCAGGACCGCGUUGUAGUGUGGGACCUGGAGGAGUGCAGAGAGAACGUGCUUCAAGGGCUGAUCCCGCGAGGGACUGUCGUGGGCACACUGUUGGGAAAGGUGCUGUGUUUAAGGUGGAGCCCAGACGACCGUGCCGUUGCCGUGUGUGCUGGAAACAAAAUACUCCUGCUGGGUGUCGAGAAUCCGUCUGUACUGGCCGAGCUGGAGGGCCACCUGGGCCCGGUGACUGCAGUGGAAUUCUGUCCCUGGCAAGCAAAUACCGUCAUCUCAGUUUCUGAGGACAGAAGCUUUAAGGUCUGGGACUGUCGUAUGGGAUCGUUAAUGUACACUUCAUCUGUGUUAACAGCAUAUCCUCUUCUUAGUCUGUUCAUCGACGCAGCGAGUAGGCAGCUUGUGACCGGCUGUGCUGACGGCCAGCUUUGGGUCUUCAGCUUGGCUGAGAGACACCACUACCGCCGUGUGGCCUGCGUGGACCUGAGCAAGAGGAGAGCGAGCUUCUCUGCUAGGAGGGUGAGGGCUGGGCUGUGCCGCCGGCCAGACGAGAGUCAUCUGCCCUCUCCACGCGGACGGGAGCAGGGAAGGGCCGACGCUGCGUUUCCUGUGCUGGCACUCGCGCCCUGCGACCUUGCUCUCAUCCUGGACUCUGGGUGUGAAUUUGUUUCUUCUGAGAAUACCAACUGCGUAUGGAUUGGAAGUUCAGCUGGUUUAUUCAUACUUAACUUGGCAAGCUUUGAAUUGGAAGCUGUUUUACAUUACAAGGACUUUGGGAGCCUCAGCAUUCACGUCGCUGGAUCGUGUGCCAUGAUGAGCAAAACCGUGAGUCAUAAGGCACUUUGCCUGCUCGCGUCCAUGUUUGGGAAGACGAUCGCCCUGCUGGAAAUCAACCUGGCCGCGCUGCUGGCGUCUCAGCGGAGCCCUGGUGCGGGGCGGCGUCUCUCGGUGCUGGCCAGCUCCUGUGUGCUACCAACCUCUCCACUGUAUUUUGGAAUUGAUGAGAAAAACAGUACUAAACCUGCCAGUCAAAAGCGAUCUGCCGUGAGGAGCAGUGUCCAGGACCGGCCCCUAGUUUUCCACAGUGAAGUCAGGUCGUCUGGCUACGCGUCGGCGCCACAUGCUACUAUGUUUUCCCCAAAGACUAACAUCAAGAAUGACGGUAAAAGAUCUUCAAAAUGCAAGAACAGUUUCAAAUGGGAGGAGUACACAUUGGAGGAUCCUCUGCCGACCAAGCUCCGCAGGCAGGUUGCUGCCACCCCCGGCCCUGCCGCCGUGUGCUGCGUCCAGUACUCAGGAGAUGGACGGUGGUUGGCCUGUGGCCUAGCCAACCACCUGUCAUUUGUCUUUGAUGCCAGUCUUACUGGAACACCUGCUGUUUUUUCAGGUCACGAUGGGGCCGUACACUCCAUCUGCUGGAGCCACAACGGGAGGUGGCUGCUGUCUGCUGCCCAGGACAGGACGCUGCGGGUGUGGUCAGUUCGCAGGACGGAGCUCAGGCUGUUUCUGGGCAAGGACGUGUUUUCUAAGCCUAUACAAUCUGCACAGUUUUAUUAUAUGGAUGGUUUUAUACUGUUGUCUUCUGGCUCUGAAUUUCAGCUGCGGAAGUAUCACAUUGACACUUGCAAAGACGAGAUAAAAAGAUAUAAGCAGAAGAGUUGGUCCAAGCCAGUUUUCAGGCUAUCUAUGACUGGCGGGGUGGAUGUGACCAGUUUAUCAGCAGUGAACGACUUUUAUUCCCACGUUGUGCUCACGGCCGGCCGGAACAGGACUGUGGAAGUGUUCGACCUCAACGUCGGCUGCAGUGCGGCGGUGAUAGCCGAAGCCCAUUCUCGGCCUGUCCAUCAAAUCUGCCAGAAUAAAGGCUCAUCGUUCGCGACCCAGCGAUCCCAGGCUUAUAAUCUUUUCCUAACCUGCGCGGUUGGCGAUGGGCUGCGACUGUGGGACCUGAGAACCCUCAGGUGUGAGCGCCAGUUUGAGGGGCACCCAAACCGCUGCUAUCCGUGUGGAGCUGCCUUCAGCCCCUGUGGCCGGUUCGUGGCGUGUGGCGCUGAGGACAGACAUGCUUACGUGUACGAGAUGGGCUCGAGCACCUUUUCCCACCGACUGGCGGGGCACACAGACACCGUCACUGGAGUGGCCUUCAACCCCUCUGCUCCCCAGCUUGCCACGGCCACCCUGGAUGGCAGACUUCAGCUGUUUCUAGCUGAGUAACUGCUGACCUGAGGGCUGGGCCCAGGAGUGCCGAGGGCAGCAGCGUGGCCGAGUGUGAAACAGGGCCCAUCCGUCACCCGCCGGAAGCAGCGACUGUGUUUCACAGUUUGGGGCUAAUUUCAGACUGCUCUUCCUGCGAGCUCCUGCCCUGCGUGUGACUCUCACUUGUGAGGUUUCCCUUCUGCUCCUCAUCGGGGUCCCCUCCCUGGAAAAAUGGAAAUGGCAUCCAGGACUUCUGAAGAGAAUUUGGUAAAGUUAAAACAGAAUAUUCUUCAAUAAAAAUAAAAUAGUAUUUGUUUCAUAAUUAGACUUUGAGGAAAUAACAGAGAGAGAGGGAAUUCUCUUUUGGGCAGUGAAA